CUGGUAUCACUACGGCAGUGCCGUGCGGUUGGAGUUGUCACUUUCACUUCCAGCAUCUUCCGAUACAAUCAACUCUUUAGAAUUCUUGAUUGAAUUCUCUUCUUUGGUCAAGCGCCAACUGUUGACAUUGCAGUUUCAAUGGAGUCAAUCAUACCAUCACGGAAGCCAGGAGAAUGGGCUCCUACUGCCGCUGGUUGCAGGGAACCAUCAUUAGACCCGAAGGGACCAUCCUGUUCCACUUUGGGAUCCAAGCUACUGUACGUUCGUUCCCACCAUGGCAAUCGAUGUGAGUGAUCCUCGUGCGGUGAGCCGCGAUGUGUUUUCGGCGGUGCUGGGCUCCUUGACAUGCUGCUAUUCGGGACAACCUCUGGACAUUAUCAAGGUCCGAAUGCAAACGAAUGCUGCUCAGUAUACAGGAGGAAUCUAUUCAUCGGCACUCCAAAUCUGGCGUAAUGAAGGACUCGCUGCGUUCUGGAAGGGGUCGGUUCCGACAGCAAUGGGCAUGAUGAACGAGAAUGUGGUUGCUUUUGGAAUCAAUGAAGCUCUCAAACGAAGUUUUCCGGACGACCCGACCACCCAAGCCAAUCAAGAGCCCAAUCUGAUCAAACCGUUUCUCUUGGGACCAGUCACUGGCUGCAGUGCGGCGCUAGUGUUGUGCCCGGCUGAAGUCGUCAAGGCAAAAACCCAGGUUGUCUAUGAUUCUUGUCCGAAAUCCAUUGCUCGACAAAUGAUGCGGCAACAUGGGAUCAAGUCCUUCUUUUGUGGUUUGGAGGGACAGUUCCUCCGUGAUGGAUCAUUCUACACCGUCUUUUUUGGUGGAUACGAAGUCUGCAAGUAUACAUUCAGUCGACUAUUCCCUUCCAUGCCAGACCCCCUCAACUUUUACAUUAGUGGAGGCCUUGCUGGAAUGGCGGGGUGGGCCGUCGCCAUCCCCUUUGAUGUUCCAAAAACGGUUGUCCAGGCAAAAUUUGAAACCAGAGUCUUUGGUGAUUACUUUCCCACCAUGCUGGCCAUUGCCAAGGAACGAGGAGUGAGAAAAGGUCUCUAUCGGGGUCUUGGCCCAGCCCUUAGUCGAGCAUUCAUUGCCAACAGCGCAUUGUUUUUGGGUGUGGAGAGCGGCAAGAUCUAUUUUGAUACGGUUUUGUGGAAGGAAACGGCCGAUCAUGAGCAUGCCAUGCACCUUCUACCGGCGGGCAGCACUGGAAGCGCAACGUAGUAGUUGCGUUUGUGCCGCGAUAUAUUGUGACUUUCUGUGUGAUGGUGGCGCCAUCUAGAAGAUCGAAUAAAAGUUCAUAAAAGAAUGCAAAGGCAUCAUCUAACUUAGGGUACCAAGUGCCACCGUA